AUGACAGUAUUGCAAGCUGGAACACCAAGAGGCCUCAUGUCUUAUCUCUAUACAUCGUCAGCUCUGAGCGUUGGAUUCAUCCACCAGUUCCUGCUUUGCUUCCGUUACAUCUUGACGUCAGACCAGCUACUCAACUUCAUUGUUGAAAAGUACAACUCGGCUCGCAGCAGUCAGAAAGAUGCCAACAUGACUCGCAUACAAUGCAGAUCGACAGAUCUUCUCCAUUUUUGGGUAGAAGGGUUUUAUUCUAUCGACUUUGCACCAAACAAAAGCCUUUUAAAGAUGUUUGCCGACUUUUUGACAGAACAGACAAAUGCUAACAUGGAAUGUAUAGACAGCCUCUUCAGUUUGUAUGCUGCCUGCAGAAUGGGAGAGAAUGCCGAGUUAGUGCAUACGACGGAGAUUCCAGAUGAUUCAGAGGAAGGGGUCUAUCUUUUUAGCAUGGGCGUUCCCAAAAGGUGGGAUAGCUUCCGGUCUCUUCUGAAGCGGUCAAGGUCUGACAAGUCAAACCAAGGCUCACACGGCAGCUUUGGCAAAGGCAGGUCACAUACCAAACCACUGUCUCCUGAAUAUGGAAAAUCAUUGCCGUUUUCCUUAGCCGAUUGUCCAGCUCAUGUACUGGCGGAACAGCUGACUCUCAUAGAGCAGGAGCUGUUUAAAAAGUGUCACCCUGUUCACUUCCUCAACUCCCAGUUUCAAGGAGUUGGUGUGGCGCUUUCAAUGCCAGGUCUAAGAACACCUUUGAUGACCAGGAAAUUAGAAGAAAGUCGAGGGACAAAGAAAGGACUGUUUGUGGGAGAACCUUUCAUAGAGUCGUAUGUUGUGCAGAUGAUAAACCAUUCACAAGAAUUAGCUCAUUGGGUGUCAGCAGAAAUUUUAAACAGUGGCUCUAGCAAGGCACAAAUCAAUUUGAUCACAAAAUUCUUGACUGUUGCUCAUCUAUGUCAAGAAGUCAGAAAUUAUGCGACCGCCCUCUCCAUAUUAGAUGGACUGGAGAAUUUGGUCAUCAGACAGUUGCCAGCUUGGAAAAUUAUCCCAGCCAAAUCAGUGGACUACAUAAAUGAGCUGACAAAUAUAAAAAUGAAACUGAAAAGUGACCCGCUGUGGUUUAUGAAGGACAAAGAUUGGUACAUUUAUCCCACUAUUCCCUGUGCUCUCUUUCUUGCUUUGCACAUUCAGCAGGCUGAGAUAGGAAGCUUCACGCUGGCUAAUGGAAUGUACAAGUGGGAUAAAAUGAGAUCCAUCACAGACAUCAUAGACCAGCUCAGAAUCUUCCGUGAGCACAGCUAUGGGUUUCAGCCGGAUUUUGAAAUUCAGAAGUUUAUACAUCGGAGCAUUGCGCAAUACAGAGAUCAGGAUCUGCACUUGGUUGCAUCAGCUCAUGACAGUAACUUUCACAAGCGAGCUUCCACUACAUCUUUGUCUGGUACACUCAAGAAGGUCAAAGGCAUAUUCAAGAAGAAAGUGUAG